AAAAAAGAUGAAGACAUGUUUUUCCGAUAUACAAGAAUGGAUGUAUUUACAUUUUACGAAUUAUUACAAUUAAUGAGUCCAUUCUUGCAAAAAAGGAGUAUCAGAACUCCAAUAUGUCCAGAACAACGUCUCGCAAUAACUCUAAGAUAAAGAUAUGCUUUAAAAUAAUACAUUUCUACUGCUCAUAUGAUUGUCAAGGAAACAUGCUCUAUUAUAACUAAUGUUUUAAUGCCAAUUUACGUGAAACAUCCCACAAAAGAGGAAGGGACAAAAAUCAGCAAUGAUUUUUUAGAAUUAUGGAAUUUGCCAAAUUGUGUUGGAGCAAUCGAUGGUAAAUACAUAAUUAUCCAGGCACCUCCAAACUCUGGCUCAAUGUAUUUUAAUUAUAAAAAAACUUUUAGUAUUGUGUUGAUGGCUGCUUGUGAUGCUCAAUACAAGUUUACACUGUUUGAUGUUGAUGCAUAUGGCAGUGAAAGUGAUGGCGGAAUUUUCUCUAGAUCAGACUUCGGAUAA